AUUGUGUUCGCAAAGAUGGCGUUGAGUAAAACGUUUGGACAAAAACCAAUAAAAUUUCAACUUGAGCAAGAUGAGAACUUUUACAUGAUUGGUUCAGAGGUCGGCAACUACCUGCGUAUGUUCAGAGGCUCUCUGUAUAAGCGGUACCCGUCACUAUGGAGACGCCUCGCAUCCGUUGAUGAGAGGAAAAAGAUCGUAGCAUCAUCGCACGAUCAUGGUUACGCAACUUUAGCCACCAGUGUGACCCUGCUGAAGGCGUCGGAGUGUGAGGAGAUCUUCGAGGGGAACGAUGAGAAGUACAAGGCUGUGUCCAUCAGCACAGAGCCUCCGGCUUAUCUCAGGGAGCAGAAGGCGAAAAAGAACAGUCAGUGGGUGCCUACCCUGCCCAACAGCUCCCAUCAUCUGGACGCAGUGCCUUGCUCCACCACUAUCAACCGAAAUCGAAUGGGACGUGAAAAGAAGAGAACCUUUCCAUUAUGUUUUGACGACCAUGACCCUGCAGUCAUCCAUGAAAAUGCUUCCCAAGCAGAGGUCCUGGUGCCCAUCCGCCUAGAUAUGGAGAUUGAUGGGCAGAAACUCAGAGAUGCCUUCACCUGGAACAUGAAUGAGAAGCUUAUGACUCCAGAGAUGUUUGCUGAGAUCCUUUGUGAUGACCUGGACCUCAAUCCUCUCACCUUCGUCCCUGCAAUCGCCUCUGCCAUUAGACAGCAGAUCGAGUCCUACCCCACCGACAGCAUUCUGGAUGAGCAGAUGGAUCAGAGGGUCAUCAUCAAGCUAAACAUUCACGUAGGAAACAUCUCUCUGGUGGAUCAGUUUGAGUGGGAUAUGUCAGAGAAGGAGAACUCUCCGGAAUCGUUUGCUUUGAAGCUCUGCUCUGAGUUGGGCCUCGGAGGAGAAUUUGUCACCACUAUUGCCUACAGCAUCCGCGGACAGCUCACCUGGCACCAGAGGACGUACGCCUUCAGUGAGAACCCUUUACCUACCGUGGAGAUUGCCAUUCGUAACACAGGUGAUGCUGACCAGUGGUGCCCUCUACUGGAGACCCUGACAGACGCAGAGAUGGAGAAGAAGAUCAGGGACCAAGACAGAAACACAAGACGUAUGCGACGACUUGCCAACACCGCCCCCGCCUGGUAGAGAAUUAACAUAGUUGGUGCUGCCACUCAAUAAGCUUAGUCUCUGAAUGGGCCCUGGGGUUGUUGGAAGCCUUUGCACAGAUACACACAGCACUCUGCAUAACAUUCCUCCGGCCUUCUGACCUCUUCAAUUUACAACAGCAUCACACACUCUCUAGAGACACCAGGACUCUCAACUCUGAUCUGGCAUCAGCCAGACUUCACAGUGCCCAAAGGUUCAGCUCGGACUUCACUGAUCAUCAGUCAGAUCUUAUUAGAAUGUCUGUCAUUGCAGUUUCUCUGGUCUGCAGAUAUAGACUGAUCAAUUACUCUGGUUGUAACAGGACAUUGUUGAGAACGUUAAAGGUGCUAAUGCAUACAAUGAACUUGACUUUCUUUUUAUAAAAUAAAGAAAAUAGAGAAUUGUUUGUCUAUGGUUCUCUGUUUUUCCAUUUUUGUUUUCACAAGUAAAUUGUGUCCAAAAUCACUUGGGAAAUUGUUUCUAUUUUUUUAUUUUUCUAAUCUAAUGCAUUACAAAUUAUAUUAUCGAUAUAAUGAUAAACACAUAAACAAUACUUUUACAGCAUUUAUUAAUUUUAGUUAAUGUUAAUUUCAACAUAUACAUAUUUAAAUCCAAAUGUUGUAUUUGUU